AUGUGGUGGAAACGCACUCCAACAAUAGACUACACCUCCCUCCCCUUCGAAAUAGAUUCAAACCGCACUUCAAAUGAAGCCUCCGACCUCGAAAAAACCAAUAUCACCCACCUCCACACCAGGACCCGCCCCCAUCGCCGAACAUGGCUAACAACAACCCAAAACGCCCUCUUCCUCCUCGCCGGCCUCCUCUGCCUUUACAUCUCCGCCCUAGCAGCCUGGCGCACAACCUUCCACCCCACCACUGGAAUUCAAACCUACUACAAAAAAACCCUCUCAUGCGGCAACACAACCGAAGAAGCCGAGUCCAACGGCUGUGAGUUCGACCUCCUGUCUCACAACUGGGUUCCCUCGCCCUGCGUUGACCAUUAUAUCAUGAACGAGUUCCGCAACUACGUCCGCAGCCCGGAGCGCAAAUACAGUGCCUGGCCGUAUUAUGUGGAUCGCGAGGGCAAGGACUGGAUUCCUGAUGAGAGGACGCUGGCGCUGCGGGCGAACCAGCAUGUUGUUACAACACAGGAGGAGCAUCUGGCUCAUUGUGGGUUUCUCAUUAAGAGAAUUCAUCGGGCGAUGUUGGGAAUUACGAAGGCGGAUGAUAUUGUCUCUAAGUAUCCGCAUACGGUGCAUUGUGUGGAGGAGUUGAUGAGGGAGAAGAAGAAACCGCUUGAUGUUCUUACGGAGGGGUACUGGGUGGGAUUUUCGACUUGUACUGUUGAGGUGCCUCUGUGA